CCGAGCGGCGGCGGCGCGCGCCCGCACCGGCUCCCCGCGGGGGCUCGCCCAGUUCGGCGGCGGCGGCGGCGGCGGCGGCCACGUGCCCGGCCGGAGGCUCCGCUCCCGGCGGCCGCGGGGACCCCGGGGCUCCGGGUCCGAGGCGGCGGCGGCGGCGGCGGCGGAGGCCGUGUGGCCAGAGCCGGAGCGGGAUGCGGGGGAGCCGCGUGUGAAGAAAGGACCCGCCUGCAGACCGGCGCGAUCGCCCCCGGGCCCGUCUGCCCUGACGCCCCCUCCCCGCCCCCAUCGGGGCCUGGACUCGGGGACCGGAGGACGGCCCCCCGGCCCCGCCCCGGGGACCCUCCGGGCCCAGGACGGCGUGGAUGUAGCCGCGGCCCGCGCGCCUCCUCCGGAGCAGCCACCAUGCACUCGGUCGCCGGGAAUAAAGAGCGGCUCGCCGUGUCCUCCCGGGGCAAGAAAUACGCGGUGGAGGAGGCCUGCUCGCCGCCCCGGGCCGCGCUGAGCGCGGAGACCUGGUACCGCCGCGCCUACGAGGAGUCGCGCGCGGGCGGCCGGCCGCCCCCCGAGGGCGCGGGCUCGGCGCUCGGCUCGUCGGGGACGCCGUCCCCGGGCUCCGGCACCUCGUCGCCCGGCUCCUUCGCCGGCUCCCCGGGCCCCGCCUCCCCGGGCAUCGGCACCAGCUCGCCGGGCUCCCUGGGCGGCUCGCCCGGCUUCGGCACCGGCUCCCCGGGCUCCGGCAGCGGCGGCGGCUCGUCCCCGGGCUCGGACCGCGGCGUCUGGUGCGAGAACUGCCACGCCCGCCUGGCGGCGCUCAAGAGGCAGGCGCUGCAGCUGCUGCUCCCCGGGCCCGGGCCGGGCGCCGGCAAGGACCCUGCCUUCCCCGCCGUCAUCCACGACAAGCUGCAGGUCCCCAACGCCACCCGGAAGGCCUGGAAUGAUAGGGACAACCGCUGCGACAUCUGCGCCACGCACCUGAACCAGCUGAAGCAGGAGGCCGUCCAGAGGGUGCUGGCCUUGGAGCAGGCCGCCGCGGGCAGCGAGCACUACGACGGCUCCCCCGGCUCGCCGCCGCCGCCCCUGCCCGGCAUGCCCGCGCUGGUGGGGUCCCGGCACGCGGGCGGGCUGCCGCCGCCCCGGGACUGGGCCUUCGUGCCCGCCUCCUACGCCUCCUCCGCCUACACGGCCUUCGUCAGCAACAAGCACAACGGCAAGCCCAGCAGCCUCGGCGUCGGCAGUGGGGCCGCCGAGAGGAAGAGCGUGUCCCCCACGCACCCGGGCAAGGUCGGCCUCCAGAUGGCCACCAGCCCCAGCAACGGGAACAUCCUGGGCUCUGUGGCCAUCCAGGCCCACCAGUACCUGGACGGCACCUGGUCCCUGUCCAGGACCAACGGGGUCACCCUGUACCCCUACCAGAUCUCCCAGCUGAUGACGGAGACUGGCCGGGAGGGCCUGUCCGAAGCGGCUCUGAAUCGCUACAAUGCAGACAAGCCGUCGGCCGCCGGCGCCCCCGCCUCCCAGGGCUCCUGCGUGGCCCCCGAGCCCUCCACGGGCACCUCCGUGGCCGCCUCCUUCUUCGCAAGAGCUGCCCAGAAGCUGAACCUGUCGUCUAAGAAGAAGAAGCACCGGCCGUCGGUGUCUGCGGCCGAGCCCCCGCUCUUCGGCACCAGCUUCAGCGGCAUCCUGCAGACCUCCCCGCCGCCCGCCCCGCCCUGCCUGCUGCGGGCCGUGGGCAAGGUCAAGGACACGCCGGGCCUGGGCAAGGUGAAGGUCAUGCUGCGCAUCUGCUCCCCGCCGGCCCGCGACUCGGCCGAGUCCAGCGCCUUCCUGAAGGUGGACCCCCGGAAGAAGCAGGUCACGCUGUACGACCCCCUGGCCUGCGGGGGCCAGGGCGCCUUCCAGAAGAGGGGCAGCCAGGUGCCCCCCAAGAUGUUCGCCUUCGACGCGGUGUUCCCGCAGGACGCCUCUCAGGCGGAGGUGUGCGCGGGCACCGUGGCCGAGGUCAUCCAGUCCGUGGUCAACGGGGCGGACGGCUGCCUGUUCUGCUUCGGCCACGCCAAGCUGGGCAAGUCGUACACCAUGAUCGGCAGGGACGACUCCACCCAGAGCCUGGGCAUCAUCCCCUGCGCCAUCGCCUGGCUCUUCAAGCUCAUCAACGAGCGCAAGGAGAAGACGGGCGCCCGCUUCUCGGUGCGCGUGUCGGCCGUGGAGGUGUGGGGCCGCGAGGAGAGCCUGCGCGACCUGCUGGCCGAGGUGGCCACCGGCAGCCUGCAGGACGGCCAGUCCCCCGGCGUGUACCUGUGCGAGGACCCGGUCUGCGGCACGCAGCUGCAGAACCAGAGCGAGCUGCGGGCGCCCACGGCCGAGAAGGCCGCCUUCUUCCUGGACGCCGCCCUGGCCGCGCGCCGGGGCCACCGGCAGGACUGCGAGGAGGAGGACCUGCGCAGCUCCCACAUGCUCUUCACGCUGCACCUGUACCAGUACCGCAUGGAGAAGAGCAGCAAGGGCGGCAUGUCCGGGGGCCGCAGCCGCCUGCACCUGCUGGACCUGGGCAGCUGCGUGCGGGCGCUCAGCAAGAGCCGCGACGGCGGCGCCGGGCUGUGCCUGUCCCUGUCCGCGCUGGGCAACGUCAUCCUGGCGCUGGUCAACGGCAGCAAGCACGUGCCCUACAAGGACAGCAAGCUCACCAUGCUGCUGCGUGAGUCCCUGGGCAAUGUCAACUGCCGCACCACCAUGAUCGCCCACAUCUCGGCCGCCGCCGGCAGCUACGCCGAGACCCUGUCCACCGUCCAGAUCGCCUCCCGCGUCCUGAGGAUGAAGAAGAAGAAGACGAAGUACACAUCCAGCUCAUCGGGGGGCGAGAGCUCCUGCGAGGAAGGCCGGAUGCGCAGGCCCACACAGCUGCGGCCCUUCCAGGCCAGGGCGGCCGUGGACCCUGACUCCCCCGGCCCGCCGCUGUCCAGCGACCCCGACUACUCCUCCAGCAGCGAGCAGUCCUGCGACACCGUCAUCUACAUCGGGCCCAGCGGCACGGCGCUCUCCGACAAGGAGCUCACGGACAACGAGGGGCCCCCCGACUUCGUGCCCAUCGUGCCGGCCCUGCAGAAGCCGCGGGGCGACGGCCGGCCCCCCGAGGCCGGGGCGGGGGCCGUGGCCGCGGCCGCCCGCAAGCCCGAGAGGGACUGCCUCAAGUGCAACACGUUCGCCGAGCUGCAGGAGCGGCUGGACUGCAUCGACGGCCGCGAGGAGCCCGGCCCCUUCCCCUUCCAGGAGCUGCCCGCCCAGGGCCCCCCGCCCGGGGCCGGCCUCUGCGAGCCCGACAAGGACGACGACGCGGGGCCAGAGGGCCGGCUGGCCGACCGGGGCGGCGCUGCCGCCCCGGCCCCCGGGACGCCCGGCGGUCACUCGCCCGUGCCGGCCGCCGCCCCCGCCUCGCCCCGGAGCGUCCCCGGCGGCAGCGGCCAGCAGGGCGGCACCACCUCCCAGCUGGUGCGCAGCCCCAGCCUGCAGAGCAGCCGGGAGAGCCUGACCUCCUGCGGGUUCGCGGAGGGCAAGCCCCGGCCACUGGGCUCUCCCCGGCUGGGCGUGGCCAGCCUGUCCAAGACGGCCGAGUACCGGCCGGCCGGCUCGCCCUCGCAGCGCUGCAAAGUGCACACCCAGAAGGGCGUCCUGCCCGGCCCGGCGCCCCCGCCGGGCACGGACCCGGGCGUGGUGCCCGGGGAGGCCCCGCCGGCUGAGGGGCGCACCCCCCCGGUGGGCAUGAGCCCCCGCGUCCUGAAGAAGUCGCUGUCUGCCGGGAGCCAGGGCCCCGCCCACAGCCCCUCCGAAGACAGGCGCCCGGCCGCGGCCCCCCCGGGCUCCCAGGGGGUGGUGAGCACCACCACGGUGACGGUGCAGCAGCCGCUGGAGCUGAACGGCGAGGACGAGCUGGUGUUCACGCUGGUGGAGGAGCUGACCAUCAGCGGCGCCCUGGGCGGCCGCCCCGCCAGCAUCAUCAGCUUCAACAGCGACUGCUCGGUGCAGGCCCUGGCCUCGGGCUCGCGGCCCGUCAGCAUCAUCGGCAGCGUGGUCAGCGAGGACCUGGAGCGCGGCCCGGGCGCUGGCCCCGUCUCCGAGGUCAGCGUCACGCAGUUCCUGCCCCUCCCGGCGCCGCGGGGCCCGGAGGAGAAGGGCGGCCGGGAGGCGGGCAGCCGGCGGUCCUCCAUCAGCUCCUGGCUGAGCGAGACCAGCGCGGGCAGCGAGGGCGAGCAGUCCUGCCACAGCUUCGUCGCGCACGCCUGCUUCGGGCACGGGGAGGCGCUGGCAGACCCGCCGGCCUCGGAGCUCCUGGGCGGCAGCGUCCAGGACACCGCCGGCUGCCGAGAGAGGCCCCGCGCGGGCCCCGAUGGCGUGCUCGUCCUGCCCGAGCUGGGGGAGGACUGUCCCCCCAAAGCCGCCAUCGCCGCCCCUCAAGGCUGCAAGGUGUCCGCCCUGGGCAAGGCCACGGUCACCAUCUCCAACACGGCACACCUGGGUGGCGGCGGGGGGUGCGUCCCCGUGAAGACCAACAUCACCGUCUACCCCUGCAUCGCCCUGAGCCCCCGGCGCGGCCUGGAGCCCGAGGCGGCCGGCGCCACGGCCCCCCACGCAGCCCCGCCCCCCGAGAGCAAAGAGGCCGGCGCCAGGAAGGAGACGACCUUCACCUUCGAGGACCCGUGGCUGAGACGAGAGGAGGAGGCCAAGAAAGAGACUGCGCAGCCCGGGGAGGACGGAGUGCAGCCCGAGGCGGGCACGGGGCGGGGCCAGACCCGGCGGACGAGCCCCGGCCGCAGGCUGAGCGGCGAGGCGGCCGCCUCCCCCGGGGCGGACGGCGUCAGGAGGGUCGUGGACGGCUGUGAGACGGCCCAGCCCGGCGGUGGGCCCGCCCAGAGCCCCGUGCACGCCCCCAGCGGGAGCCUCAAGUCCAGCAGCCUGCCCAGGGCCUUCCAGAGAGGCAGCCGGCACGAGCUCGACGGGCUCUGCUACCGCUGCGCCCCCGAGACCAACGGCGUGACGCUGGGCGGCCAGGCCUCCCGGGCGGCCCUGGAGCGCAAGGCGGCGUCGCCCAAGCACGGCGUCCCGGCCCGGCCCAAGGGCACCCCGCCGCUGCCCCCCGUCCGCAGGUCCAGCCUGGACCAGAAGAACCGGGCCAGCCCCCAGCACGGCCCCUGCGGCAGCUGCACCGGCAGCCCCUCCAACCAGCCCGCGCCCUUCCCGGCCGGCUUCCCCGACGAGCUGGGUGGCCGGCUGACCGCCAGCAGCAGCAGCAGGCUCUUCAGCGCCAAGCUCGAGCAGCUGGCCAGCAGGACCGGCUCGCUGGGCCGGGCCGGCGCCAGCCACUACGAGUGCCUCUCGCUGGAGCGGGCCGAAAGCCUGGCCUCGGUGAGCGCGCGGCUGCAGGCGGGCAAGGACAGCACCACGCCCCGCGCCGGCCGGAGCCUGGGCCGUGGCAGCGGGGCCGGGGCCGCCUCGCCCGCCGGCCCCGCCGGCCCCCCGCCCGCGGCCGGCGCCUCGCCCAAGGCCGGCCAGUCCCGGAUCUCGGCGGUCAGCAAGCUGCUGCUGGCCAGCCCCAAGGCGCGCGGCCUGUCCGCGCCGCCCGCCAAGACGCUCAGCUCCUCCACCAAGUCGCUGCCGCAGUCCGUGGGCCAGAGCUGCGCCGCCCCGGCCGCGGGGGGCGGGCGGCACAUGUCCUGGUCCACGCAGUCGCUGAGCCGCAGCCGCGGCGCGGGGCCGGCCGCCCAGCUGCCGCUGCGGGCGGCGAACGGGCGCAUCUCCGAGCUGCUCCGGGGCCAGGGCGGCGGGGGCGCGGGGCCCAGGGCGGCACCGCCCCCGCGAGGAGCCGGGCCCGAGGAGGCGCGCGCGGGGGUCCCCGGGGCCCCCGAGGACAAGCCGGCGGCCGCGCCCCCGCUGCCCUCGCCCUACAGCACGGUGACGGCCCCCCGGCGGCCCCAGCGCCGCAGCAGCGGCCACGGCAGCGACAACAGCAGCGUGCUGAGCGGCGAGCUGCCGCCCGCCAUGGGCCGCACCGCCCUCUUCUACCACAGCGGCGGCAGCAGCGGCUACGAGAGCGUGCUGCGCGACAGCGAGGCCACCGGCAGCGCCUCCUCCGCCCAGGACUCCGUGAGCGAGAACAGCAGCUCCGUGGGCGGCAGGUGCCGCAGCCUCAAGACCCCAAAGAAACGCUCCAAUUCAGGUUCCCAGAGGCGGAGGCUCAUCCCCGCGCUGUCCCUGGACACGCCCUCGCCCGCCAGGAAGCCGGCGCCCGGCGCGGGGCUGCGCUGGGUGGACGGGCCGCUGCGCAGCGCCCAGCGCGGCCUCGGCGAGCCCUUCGAGAUCAAGGUGUACGAGAUCGACGACGUGGAGCGGCUGCAGCGGCGAAGGGGGGGCGGCGGCAAGGAGGGCGGGGGCUUCAACGCGAAGCUGAGGACCCUGGAGCGCCGCCAGCAGAGGAUCGCCGAGGUCCGGGCCAAGUACGAGUGGCUGAUGCAGGAGCUGGAGGCCACCAAGCAGCACCUGAUGCUGGACCCGGACCAGUGGCUCAGCGAGUUCGACCUGGAGCAGGUGUGGGAGCUGGAUUCCCUGGAGCACCUGGAGGCGCUGGAGUGCGUGACGGAGCGGCUGGAGAGCCGCGUCAACUUCUGCAAGGCCCACCUCAUGAUGAUCACCUGCUUCGACAUCACCUCCCGGCGCCGGUGAACCAACGCCGCCCAGCCCCGGCCCCGGCCCGCAGCCAGACCUGCAGCCAAGCCCCCGCUCCAGGCUCCCCGGACCCGCAGCCAGGCCCAUGGGACCCACAGCCAGGCCCCCGGACCCACAGCC